CUUUGAAUCACAUCAAACCACGAGGUUGAGGAAGCAGGACGGUAAAGGACAGUAAGCCCAGACAACUGAGCUGUUAGACAAACAGACAGAGAGUCAGACAUAAAGACAGACAGAAGACAACAGAUGGCCUAUGAGGACAAACUUUGACAGACAAAGGAUGCUUCCAUUACUGGUUAUAGCUCUGCUGGGGUUCUCCACAGCACCAGCCUCUGCACUGCCUUGCACUCAGAUCUCUCUCUCCAAGACUAUUCCCUCCUCAGCUCACAGUGUCAGACCCUCAGAUGUGGCUGUGCUCUCUGCCAUUGGACUUCCCCACACACACAGCAGCGAGCUGUCCAGAGUGUUAUCGAGACUUCAUGAGUUGCUGACCAUGUUUAACCCUGCAAUGACCAGUACUCUCCUUGGUCAGACAAACCUCUAUUCUGAAUCCUCACAGCACAGGGCUCUUGUCGAGCAGGCAAAGGAACUACCACUCUCCCUCAGGAGUAACCAGGCCGUUGAGCUAGACACAGACUGGAAGCUGGUGAUGCUUUUCGUUCAGGUGGAUGAGCUCUGUGUAUGUCAGGACCAGGUCAGCGAGACAAUCAAAGCAGCUGUCCAUCAGGUGGAUCUUGCGCUGCAGGUGCUGCAGUCACAGUUGAAGCGGACCAUUGUCAAUGUUGCACUGUGGUAUGGAGAGUAUGAUACUGGAUUUCGUUAUCAGAACAGGAUGUGUCAAUGUAUGGAGGAAAAACAUGAAGGGGAGCUCAGACUACUGAAGGCCAUCCUCACUCAAGUCCUCCAGGAGUCCCUUGAUCGACACCUGGUGGAGAAGCAGUGGUACAGCAACAGAGAUGACUUCACCGUCCUACUGCAGGAUGCCCCCUUCAUCACAUCAGACCCCGCCUCUUUUAUUAGCGCUGCCCCCAGAGCGGGUGAACAACACACCGACAAACUGGCAGUACAGAUGUGGGCCAACUUGCUGCAGCCCACCAUAGGCCAGCAGAACAUGGAGGAAAAUAGCAUGAUCAUCUCUGUGCUAUGCCCCAGUGAGGACCGGCCCUUCCUGAGAACAGAGAGUAACUCUCCAUCAGAUCAUACCAGUGAGCCCUCUCCUCUUCUCGACCCUAUCAUGGGCACUCAUAUGCCCUGCGAAGACCGUAGCCCUUCCAACUCCCCACCCACCUCAGUUCACGCCCUCCGGCCUGGCGAUAUUAAUGUAGUAGCUGCAGUGGGCGACUCUCUGACUGCGGGCAACGGUGUCGGAUCGGGAUCCAGCGUAAUCAACCUACUGGAUGUCCGGACGCAGUACAGGGGGUUAUCAUACAGUGUCGGUGGAGACGAGAACCUCACCACCGUCACCACUCUUCCCAAUAUCCUGCGUGAGUUUAACCCCUCCCUGACUGGCUACUCAGUGGGCAAAGGCAAAGAGCACACCACUCAGGCCUUCCUCAACCAGGCUGUGGCCGGAGAAAGAGCCAAGGACAUCCCAGACCAAGUGCGAGCACUGGUGGCCAGGAUGAAGAAUGACUCGAGCGUUAAUUUCCAAGACGACUGGAAAGUUAUCACUUUGUUCAUUGGAGGCAAUGACAUGUGUGAGUACUGCUACAACUCUCUGUUUUACUCCACUGACAACUACGUGCGCCACAUUCGUGAGUCUCUCGAUUACCUUCAUAAACAGGUGCCGAGGGCCCUGGUCAACCUGGUGGAGCCUCUCUACAUCCCCAUUCUGAGACAGAUGCACACACAAGAAAAUGCCUAUCUCAAGUGCCCUACCUGGCUUGCCAAUAUUCUGUGUCCCUGUGUCAUUUCGCCUAAGGAGGGCUCUGUAACACUUCAGAAACUCCACGUUCUGAACAGAGAUUAUCAGCGUGGACUGCAUGAGCUAGUGGAGUCAGGACGAUACGACACCCAUAACAACUUCACGGUGGUCCUGCAGCCUUUCCUACGAGACAUCAUCAUUCCAGUGAUGGAGGAUGGACGUCCAGACCGCACUUACUUCAGUCCUGACUGCUUCCAUCUCAGUCAAAAGGCCCAGACUCAGAUGGCUCGUGGUCUCUGGAACAACAUGCUGGAGCCUCUGGGCAAGAAGACUGCCCAACAGGACUUUAAUGAUGCUAUCUCUGUGAAAUGCCCCUCUAAGACCUCACCAUUUGUGCGGACCUAUGUCAACAGCAAUUACACCUAUGAGGAACCCACCCCAACACUUCCACCAAUUACAAACUGGGGAAGUGACUUCUCUUGUGGGAAUUUUGCUCCAUCCACCUCUGUGCCUACAUCAGUUCAUAAGCUGCGACCAGGAGACAUCAAGGUGGUGGCAGCACUGGGAGACUCAAACACUGCAGCAGUUGGAGCCAAGGCAAAGAACGUGUUGCAACUCAACACACAGUAUAAAGGAGUGUCAUGGAGUAUCGGAGGAGAUCAGACCUUGGACACAGUCACCACACUACCAAACAUCCUGAAGAAAUUCAACCCUUCCCUCCAGGGAUUCUCCAAGGGUCAGGGCUUUCUGCAGAAUAACGGCUUCAACAUGGCGGUGCCUGGAGCCAUGGCCUUUGACAUCGCAGCCCAAGUCCAAGCUCUCAUCAAGGCCAUGAAAGAUGACAAGAAGGUGAAUUUUGAACAGGAUUGGAAGCUAGUGACCUUAUUAGUUGGUGCCAGGGAUCUGUGUGAUUAUUGCAUGGACCAUAACAACCUUACACCCAGGAACUACAGUGAGAAUCUGAUGUUGAGCCUGGACAUGCUGUACAAAGAGGUACCCAGGGUAAUGGUCAAUGUUAUCGAGGUUCUGGAAAUGAAUCCGUUGAGGAGUGUCAGGAAGAACGAUCUGGUCUGCAACCUCAUACAGAGGAAUGCUUGCCCCUGCUUUUUGAACCCUGAAGAGAAUUCUCCUGAGCUUGCAGAGGUUAGGCGGAUCAACCAGGAGUACCAGAUCGAGACUGAGAGACUGGUCUCUGGGGUGCGCUAUGAUGGGCGAGAGGACUUCACUGUAGUUGUUCAACCCUACUUACGAAACACAUUUGUCCCUCUCAUUGGGAUUGGGAAGCCUGACCUGAGUUUAUUCUCAGUGGACUGUUUCCACAUCAGUGAGCGAGCACACGCUGAGAUGGCCAUUGCUCUCUGGAACAACAUGUUGGAGCCGGUAGGCAUGAAGCAGGGCUACAACAACUUCACAUACGACCGCACCAAGAUCAACUGCCCCUCUGAGGAUCAACCCUUCAUCUUCACUAAGGUCAAUAGCCUCCCGAGUCCACCUGUUACCACCACCACCCCUGUCCCAGUCACUAACACCACCACCCCCAGCGCCUUGCCCCAGUGUGACUCCUCCAUACCUGUGUGGGUGCCCGUGUUGCUGGGCGUCACUGGCUUACUGAUCGGCUGGGGAAUCACAUGGCUACUCAUGUCCUGCAGAGAACGGCGGAAUAAGAGGAAAAUGGGAGAGAAAGAGGUUGAGAUGAAAGGAACUGGUUUCUAAUGAUAUUCAGCAACAGAUAACAAAUACUUUUUUCUAGUUUGAAUGUGGAAAUACAGUGUCAAAAGCAUGUAGGUGGCAUAGACAAUAAUUUAGCUUUGUAUGGUUAAAUUGUCAGUAACUAUGUCAUUGGGUAUUUCAAGAGAAAUGUUGGCAUUCAAUUGCAUCAUGUGAGCCCCUAUGAAUAACCAGGAUGAAUAGGUCAGCGUAACCCAAGCCCAUUGCAAUAGAAGUUGGAGCCAUUGUCCUUGGAGAUUAACAAAGGGAGAAAGGGGAGUAUUUUAUUGAGGGUACACAACAAGUUGCCUCACCAUGUUAAUAUUUGAUAGAGCUAUGAUAGAGGGGUUACAAUAAAAGUAAUGGAUAUCCCCAAAUUAUGUUAAUAAACUUAGAAUGUACCUUGUUUGCAGGCAGGUCAGCUUCAAUGAAGGGUAAAGAAAGCUACCUGCAAAAUGUUUUGUACCACCAAAUACGAUUUUAAAAAAGCUCGUACCGUACUGCUGGUUACAAAUCUUUGCCAAAAUACAGAAAGCCUGAGUGAACCAAAAUAAACUAGAGUACACCGUUUGUACAGUAGUAGACCACGCCCUCUGCUGGUGAGCACGACGUAGUUCUCUCUGCGUAGUAGUUUUUAGUGUUUCGAAGAA